AUGAACAACACGGCGCCAUCGCUCACGUUACCAGGGACACAGCAACAACAAGAACAAAAACAAAACCAACAUCAAAAACAACAGCAGCAGGGUCAGGAGCAAGAAGAGGAAGUAGUGGACGCUGCUGUUUCAAGGGCACUUUAUUCACCGUCUCACAUGCAAGAGCGGAAAAAACCCCGCCUCUGUGAAGAAAAUCCCUCUUCCUCAGCAGCCGUGCUCUCAUCUCUCUUUUCCACCACAAGACAACAACUCUCUUUGGGUAAUGAUGCCAACGUGAGGGAGGGCCCAGAACAAGAUGAUGGCUGCGGUGCCGGACGUUGUAUUCGUCUGCUGGAGCCAACGCCUCCUCCUGCUGGUGCCUUUGAAGAAGAAGAAGAGGCGGAGGAGACACAAGAACAACAAGAAAAAGAACAACAACAACAGCAGCAGCAAUUAGGCUCUGCAGAGUCUAGGGUUGUUACUAAUGAAACAGCUCCUCGUCAGAGAUUGCGGUUAAAUUUGCGGCCGGCGACGCCGAGUUCGGCUGACGCGAGUAGUGCCUGCAGAACCACAAGUACAUUACGGCUCUCACUGCGCCGCAACACACAAACGGCGACAUCAGAAGAGAAACCGCAGAAAGUAGAUGAGGAGGCAGUUUCCAUGCAUGUGGAUCCUUCCUCCACGAAGACAGUCCCUUGCAAUUCGGAAGCUAAAGCUGAAGCAGAAGAGAAGAAAAAUGAACAAGGUAAUGAAAAGGAAGACCAGCAAAGUACAACUUUGAGAGAUAGACAGCAAAAUCAACCACCAGGACCAGCACCAUCAGCACCAGAACUAGUACCACAAGAACAACAACAACAACAACAAAAUCAGGUUCCGGCUCCCCCACUAAGUAUAUCAGUUAAUCCAACCGUAGAGGAAUCUGCGUCGCAGCCGGCGAGACGUUUUCGUAAUUCCACUGAAUGGGGAGAGGUGAUGUCGCCAACACCAACUCCGCAGGGAAUAUACAGCUGUGGUUGUACACCAAGCUUCCGCUGCCACAGUAAGACUGGAGUGCCGUUGCCUUCCGGUCCUAGUCCACUGGACUUUAGCUCUGUAACCGACUAUGUUGAAACCAAGUAUGAAAUGCGGGUGAAAAUCAGUGAGGGAACCUAUGGUGAAGUAUAUAUUGGACGUUGUCGUGCGACAAAUGAAAUGGUAGCGAUAAAACGACUAAAAGUACUCCAGGGACUUGAUGGUUUCCCCAUUACCUCACUUCGUGAGGUGAUAGCGCUUCGACAUAUUAAUACAGCUCGUGAACGAGCUAUUACUAAUAAUGCUAAUAAUUCGGUAUCAAAUAUGGGAACAUGUAGUAGUGAUAAUAAAAAAGAGGAUCCUAUAGAGGAGGUAAUAUCUCUUCGAGAUGUCUUACUGUCCCAAACUCAUCAUGAUAUUUGUCUUGUUUUCCCAUAUGCCUCAUGUAGUAUUGCUGGUUUGCUACAGCGACGGUUUCCCUUCACAGAGAGGGAAAUUGCAUACAUAUUUAAAAAACUUCUUACAGCUUUAAUGAAAUUGCACGCAAUGGGUAUUAUUCACCGUGAUGUUAAGGCAGAUAAUGUGUUAAUUCACAGUGAUGGUCGUGUUCAACUUGGUGACUUUGGUUUAUGUGUAUUUGAGGGAUCUGGUAGACGUGCAUUAACACCGAGUCUCAUUAAUCUCUCCUACCGCCCACCGGAGAUGCUCCUAGGUGUGACUUCGUAUGAUGUUAAGGUUGAUAUCUGGUCCGUUGGCUGCUUCCUUGCGCAGAUGUAUUUACGCACUCCGCCCUUCUUCCUCACUCAUCGUAAUACCGCCGGCGGUGACCCACGUCAACAACAGCAGCAAAAGCAACAAAAACGUGCUGCGACGGAACUAGAGCAACUUUCACUCAUUACGGAGGUACUCGGCCCCAUCUCAAGUGCCGGACAAGAUGCAUUUCCCCCGGAACGCUGUCAACACUACGCCCAACUGCAGCAGCUGCGGAAGGCCCUCGCCAACUCCUCCUCCUCGUGGUCGUCGGCUACUCCAUCGCUCGGCUCUCUCUUCGAGCCAAGUUUUCUCUACUCCCAGUUCCGCGGGUUCGCGCCGUGGUUCACCGCCACCGCCGAACACCGCCGGCGCGACCCAUCACAUCUCCUCCCAUCGCGCGAAUGCGUUGAUGUCCUCACCGCUAUUUUUCAAUUAGACCCACGCCGGCGGCCAACGGCAGCGCAGUUGUUGGAAAUGCCAUUCUUCGAUCUUCGCCGCACCGCACCAAGACGCACACCGGGAGGCGAAGGAUCGUCACGCAGUAAUGCCGGUCCGGAUCGACUCGCGGAGGAGGAAGAGGUUGAGCGGCACAUCCGACGCGAGAUCGCGGAGAAGCUGCAACGUUAUCAAAAUAGUCACAUUGCCCCAACUACAGAAGCUGCAAAGUAA